CUGAGGCUAAGAAUGAAGAUCACACUGUAUUUGCUCGGCCUAAUCGUAGCCAGCGUUUUGCUGACCGAGGCUCAAGGCAAAAAACACAAGUGCGUCAUUCCGAAGAAAAUUUGUAGAAGAGGCUUGUUUGAUGAAAAGGCUUGCAAGUGCAAAUGUAACGCCAUCGGCGAUGUGUCUCCAGCUGUAUUCUGCUGGCUGAACACCCUGAUGUGUAAAACCAAAGGCACUCCAGUGGCAGAUGGCUGCUGUACUGACUUUAUCGACGAAACCAAUGUAGUCUCUGACACAACGUCGAGCUCAUCGUCCGCGGAGAGUGAGUAAUUCAGGCGUUCGUUCUAUAACAGCCAACAUUGGACUGGGCAAUUUGUAAGGUACGGCGGAAGCACGCGGAGGCUGAGAACGACGAGGACAAGACAAUGGCUAAACCCUGGAGGUUACACACGACAC